GCCACCCACUAACCCUCCUCCCGAGAUCUCCAGUCCUGGCUGCAGUCGCCUUCCCAGAGAUCGGCGAGGUCUCCCCGGAUCACCAUGUUCCCUCGCCCUCUGACCCCACUGGCGUCCCCGAAAGGAGCCGAGCCCCUGGGCCGCACGCCGAGGCGGUCUCCAUUGAGUAGGGCCCGGGCUGGACUCGGAGGGCCACCCCUGCUGCUGCCGUCCAUGCUGAUGUUUGCAGUGAUCGUGGCCUCCAGCGGGCUACUGCUCAUGAUCGAGCGGGGCAUCCUAUCGGAGAUAAAACCCCUUCCCCUGCACCCUCCCAGCCACAAAGGCGCGGCCUGGCGUGGGACAGCUCCCAAGCCUGGAGGCCUAUCCUUGGAUGCUGGGGACUCCGACUUGCAAGUGCGGGAGGAUGUCCGAAACCGGACCUUGAGGGCAGUGUGCGGACAACCGGGCAUGCCCCGGGACCCCUGGGACUUGCCGGUGGGACAGCGGCGCACCCUGCUGCGCCACAUCCUCGUAAGUGACCGCUACCGCUUCCUCUACUGCUACGUCCCCAAAGUGGCCUGCUCUAACUGGAAGCGCGUGCUGAAGGUGCUGGCGGGCGUCCUGGACAACGUGGAUGUCCGCCUCAAGAUGGACCACCGCAGUGACCUGGUGUUUCUGGCAGACCUGCGGCCUGAGGAGAUUCGCUACCGUCUGCAGCAUUACUUCAAGUUCCUGUUUGUGCGAGACCCCUUGGAACGCCUCCUGUCUGCUUACCGCAACAAGUUUGGGGAAAUCCGAGAGUACCAGCAGCGCUAUGGGGCUGAAAUUGUCAGGCGCUACAGGGCUGGAGCUGGCCCCAGUCCUGCAGGGGACGAUGUCACCUUCCCAGAGUUCCUGAGAUACCUGGUGGAUGAGGAUCCUGAGCACAUGAAUGAGCACUGGAUGCCUGUGUACCACUUGUGUCAACCAUGUGCUGUGCACUACGACUUUGUGGGUUCUUAUGAGAGACUGGAGGCUGAUGCCAAUCAGGUGCUGGAGUGGGUGCGGGCCCCACCCCAUGUCCGGUUCCCAGCUCGGCAGGCCUGGUAUCGGCCGGCCAGCCCGGAAAGUCUACAUUACCACCUGUGCAAUGCCCCACGAGCCCUGCUUCAAGAUGUGCUGCCUAAAUAUAUUCUGGACUUCUCCCUCUUUGCUUACCCACUGCCCAAUGUCACCAGGGAAGCUUGUCACCAGUGAUAGUUGGCCAGCAGCUUCUGGAGUUUGGUUUAGUGACACCAGCUUUGAAGUGCCUUUCACAGAAACCCCUGGUUCUGGGGCUUGCUAGUUUCUCUAGGUAUCAUCGUAUCUCAGUGGCUGGGACUGCCCUCAGGCUGGCCUCCUGUUUCCAUCUAUCCUCAGCCACUGAGGCCAGCUGCUAUCACUGGUGGACUCUCUUAGGAGCCAGUGGCAUCCUUAUCUGGCAGGGCCAGACACCAAUGUGUUAUUAAAACCAUAUGUUUGAUAUAAAGACUGACUUCAGGUUCCUGGCUGCUAGGCCUGUGCAGCCCACCUGGUCCAUCGUAACUUAACCUGUGGCCAAAUCCUGAAGGCGGCACCAGCCAAACACAUGACCAUGCCCAGGACCAAUGGCUUUGACCUCCUGGUUGCCCACCCCAUUAACCUCAGGACUAGAGUGAGCUGUGGUGCCUUAGAAAUAAAUUUUGAGCCUUUCUACUCCAGACUAAAUUUACUAUACUUUCCUACACAUUUCCGUUUUUCCAAGGAAGGAGAAACUGAAGUAGGGCCCUUACCUCACAACCCCUCAAGCACCCAAAGACCCCUGUGCCUGACCUCUUCCUAGGGUUCUUGGAGCAUCUUCAAUAAGCCUCCCUUCCCUACAAAGCCUUUGAGAUUGUGUCUGUGGUCAGUGUAUUGGUGUAGCUGUCAAUCGUCUAACACAUUUAUUUAAAAUGUGUAUAAAUAUGUAUAUAUAUAUGUGUGUGUAUAUAUAUACACUCACA